UUGCGGCCCGCCCAACCAAUCGCAGCGCUCCCGGCUUGCGACGGGACCAAUCAACGAGAGCGAGCGUCUGGGCGCGUCAACAGGCAUCAUCCGCCUAUAAAACCUGGGAGUUUCGGCUGUUGGAGCACAGAAACCUUCACACGGACUCAGAACACGGACAUAAAGAGCUCAAUCACGGACAGCAGCCUAUCUGGAUUACGUUUGUUUUGCCGGAACGUUUCCUCUGGAUCUAAACGCGUCUCAGCAUCGCUGGGGAUUCUGGUUCUUAUCCUGGAGCUUGUGGAUUAUUUUACUGACUUCAGCAUGACUCUUGAGGAGGUUGUUGGAUCCAGCACUACCGACAAAAAGAUGGAGACGGUGAGUCAGGCUCUGGAGGAGCUGCUGGUCGCGGCUCAGAGGCAGGACUGCCUCACAGUGGGAGUCUACGAAUCCGCCAAACUCAUGAAUGUUGAUCCGGACAGUGUGGUUCUGUGUCUCCUCAACACCGACGAGGAGGACGCGGACGACAUCGCGCUGCAGAUCCACUUCACGCUGCUGCAGGCCUUCUGCUGCGACAACGACAUCAACAUCCUCCGCGUGUCCGGCAUGCGGCGCCUGGCGCAGCUGCUGGGGGACGACCCCGAGGACAGCAACGGGAACGAGCCCCGGGACCUGCAUUGCAUCCUGGUCACGAACCCCCCCGUGCAGCCCAUGCAGUGUCAGGCUCUGCAGGACGUCAGCAGCUUCUGCGCCGAGAGCCGCUGCAGGAACCAGUGGGUUCCCUGCCUGGAGCUGAAGGACCGCUGAGCGCGUCCGAACAUUUCCACUUUUGCCUACCGCCCGAGGAGCGGUGAGAAGAAGCUGAGAGCAGCCGAGACCCUCGUGGAGAAGAGAGGGGGGAGCACGACUACCCCCUCCCCGACGGGAGCGCGGGAGCCUCACGCCCGCCUCUAGACGGGAUCACGGGAGCGCGUGGCGCCGGUUGUGAAACGCCGCGCCGGAAGCGCGAUGGAGGCUCCGGGUCAGGGAGCGUGUCAAGUUUUUCUUUUUUUUUUUAAAAACAAGAUGACGACGGUGGAGUUGUCACGUGACUGAACUGAUGCAUGAACGAGGAGCUGCAAUGGACAUUCAGAGAGACACAGGUGUUUUGCUCACCUGUUUACGCACGAAACCUUCUGUUAUUUAAGUGCACAGAUUAAUAUAUAAGGAAAAAAAUGUUGCAUUUCACUUAUUUAAAUAAAUUAUUCAUUGAACAAACAAA